AAUGCUACUAAUCAACUGGCAAUACUAACAUCUAUAUCCGGUAGCCAUAUUGAUUAAAAAAGUCAUCCUUUUCCGUUUUGUUGUCGUGAAAAUGACGGGCUUUAGCAAUAAGGCCAUAGUUAUCGAUGGUCGUGGGCACCUACUGGGUCGCCUGGCCGCAGUCAUCGCUAAAGUCCUGCUGGAGGGGAACAAAGUUGUGGUCGUACGAUGUGAACAACUAAACAUCUCCGGCAACUUCUUCAGGAACAAACUAAAGUUUAUGUCAUUCCUGCGCAAGAGGUGCAAUGUGAACCCAGCCCGUGGACCAUUCCACUUCAGAGCCCCCUCAAAGAUCCUCUGGAAGACAGUCCGAGGCAUGAUCCCACACAAGACUGAGCGUGGAAAGGACGCUCUCAGAAGGCUCCGCGCAUACGACGGCUGCCCUCCACCGUACGACAAUCGCCGCAGGGUGGUCGUACCUGCUGCUCUUCGGGUAUUCUGCUUGAAGCCCGGCCGUAAGUACUGCCACGUCGGCCGUCUAUCCCACGAAGUCGGCUGGAAGUACCGCGACGUCGUCAGGAAGCUGGAGGACAAGAGAAAGUUCAAGGCUGUCCACAAAGUCGCUUACGAGAGGAAACUCAAGAAAAUCACCAAGGAUGCCGGCGAAAAGGUAGCAAAGGCGACGGCGCCCUUCUCUGCCGUCAUCAAAUCCUAUGGAUACAACUAGGACUAAGAAUAUUUUACAAAAAUAAACCUUUGGUUGCCCA